AUUGUCUGCUUCAUAGUUUUAGCAGGAUUUGUUUGAAGUCUGUUCUUGGUUUUCAAUUUAAGUGAACAACAAUGGCUUUGGCUGCUGAUGAUAUUCAGAAAGCUAGAGGUGUUUGGGAGAAAUUUUAUGUAAAUGCUGAGGAUAAUGGAGCAAUUGUAUUAAGCAGAAUGUUCAAAGAGCACCCACAUACUGUGAGCUACUUCACAAACUUCAAAGAACUACAGUCCAUUGCAGGAACUGCAUCAGUUACAGAACUUGAAGGCCUAUCAGAAGUUCGCACCCAUGGCAAGAAAGUUUUAUCUGCUCUGAAUGAUAUGGUACAGCAAGUGGACAACAUGGAUGCUUUAAAAGCUAUUAUUGAGCCUUUAGGCAAGAAGCAUGCUGUGGAACUGAAAGUGGAUGUAAAGGAGUUUGAAAUACUUUGUGCAAUUCUGCUGGAACUCAUGGCUGAAAAAUGUGGUGAAGAUGCCAAAACAGACUUCAAAAAAGUGACAGAUGUUGUGUGUGAACAAAUCAAGUCUACUUAUUGAGACUGCUGCAUUUGAUACACAAAUGGAUAAUAAAAUAAUGAAACCUCAAACUUGA